AUGCAUCUUGCUGGAAUGAACAUGGCCUCCAUGGCCAUGAUAACUAUAUCCUGCCUUGCUCCCAUUACCAGCGCUGUGUGGACUUGUCCCAGCGAAAGAGAGGCCUACUGCUGCACUCACUAUGAAGACAAGACUCCCAAAGGCCUGUUUGGAACCGGAUGCACUCUUGCCCCGAGAAAAGAAGGCUGUAAAGAUAAAUCGCCCGUCGAGUGCUGCAAGCCUCUAGCCGAUCAGAUUACUCAUUUCUGUGAUAGCCGAGCAAAGGGGUACAUGUUUGUUGAUCAGAAAGAAGGCCCUCAAAAGGCAUAG